CCCAAACAUGGCUUGUGAGAGUUUGUUGGGCCUUGAAGAUGCCAUGGAUAAGUUCCUGCAGUCAGUAGACUUGUUUAAUGACAUGGAUAUAGAUGAAUUGGACUUUGCAUCAAAAGCUUCAGAGCUACUCGAGAACUCAGACAGCGAUAGUGGAAUAAGCGUCACAGGGGAAAAACAGUCGAAACAGGAAAUUAAUGUACCGCUCAGUGACACCGUGUCUGGUUGUACUUUGACUAAUGUUGUUGGGGUUGCAAGGAAUAACGUGUCCAGCAACUUGCAUACAAGUAACAAAUAUAGUUUGGACCAAGUGAAUGGAUUGUCAGAGAGCGUAUCUGUUAAAAUCCCCAUCUCUAACUCUGCUUCUGCUAAAUUUAAACGGGUCAUCAUAAAUCCCGUUGGCGAAAAAACUUUCUAUUUUCAGAACGUAAAUCCAAUCGUUGGUUGCAGCCUACGUGUGCCAGCUGUACAGCAGUCAUUAAAUCAUUCCGGUGUCCCCGUAAAAGUUGUGCCUUCUGGUAUCCAUUCGCCGUUCGAUUCUCCAAACUUGUCCCCAGGAGUUUCUCUAAAUUCACCUUUCAAACGGAACGUGGAUUAUUGUUCAUUGGAUGAAUUGUUAUCUGGAACAAACGGAGUAACUGAAGUUUAUGAACACUGUGGAAAUUCAGUUCCCUCAGACCCUUCACUGCGACAGCAUUUGAAAAAUAUCUCAAGUACGUCAUAUCCUGACUCUGUUUUCACGGGCAACGCUCAAUUUUCACCAACAUCGUUCCUUGAUAUGCAAGAAUUAUCAGGACCUAGUGAAUCCAUCAUCACCCACACUAAUUUGGAGCGUAUACGUAAAAAGCAAGAACGAAUGAUGAAAAAUAGACAAGCAGCGUGUUUAAGUCGACUACGUAAGAAGGAGUACUUAGAAAGGUUAGAAAUGAAGUUCGAGCAGUUAAAGCGUGAAAACCUCUCACUGUGGCGCCAAAACGAAGAGUGGCGAACACGGUGCUUUCGUCUGGAACGUUGUAUUGAGGAUUUGCAAUUGCAGCUCCCAAACUCCAUAAAUUCAGAAAACCUAAUUGUUAAAUCCCAGUCGUUUGAGGCAAGUUCAAGCAAGUUGUCAACUCUUCCUUUACAACUCAAUAAACAAAUUACCCCACACGAGUCUUGUAGUAAAACAGUUUCUGUGCGCACAUUGACACCACUGAAUGAAGUCACAGUUGGUUCCAAAUCAACUACCACACCUAGUCGUCUUCCGAAGUUAUCUGAUCUUGGAAAAAGCAACACAGUUUCAAUUCAGCAUUUAAAAAACUUCAAAAAUGUAAAUACCACUCCAAAAACAACUUACAUUACUAGUAUGAAUUCUCCAAAGACGUUUAAAUGGGAUAGUUCCUCAAAAAGAUUGUUACUUACGAGUAAAGUUGAUGUCGAAUCACAUUCCCAAUCUACGCCAAACCAGUCUCAACUUCCUAAACCAAUUUCGAAAACCUUGACUACUGCUCAGCGAACGAUUCCUACCGUCAGCCAUCGAUCUAAAGUAAUCGCUACCACAAGUUUAUUGGUUAUGUGCGGUCUGUUAGCUAUGAAUAUAGUUCCUUUUUCAGAUUUAUCUUCUGGAUUGGGACCCGUAUCUUCACGUCACAUGUCCUAUGAUGGUAGUUCCCACACUUCUGGAAAACUUGCUUUUGGUUAUUCCAGUUUUUGGCAAUCUGCGCCAUAUUCACCAACUGGACGACGUCUUUUAUUAAAUAUCCCAUCUACACAAGAAGAAGAUAUUCUAAAAAAUGACGAAUUAUUACGAAACGCUUCUCAUAAUGAAUUUUUAUUUUCUGAAAAGUUUUCAAUCAACCGUUCAGCCAACAACUGUGGUCCGAAUAAAAACAUGAGUUGCUCAGAGAAUUCCCUACUUGCCAAUGCUCGACAAAUUUUCCAAAGUUGGAUUGAAAGGCAUGCUGUAUCAACCAGUAAUCAGUCCAGUGUAUACAGGUUACAACUCAGUUCAUCCCUUCAUAAUGUAAAAACGUUUGAACAACAUGUAGUCAGUAUAUCGAAACCCUCACGACAAAAUUUACGACGUACUCAAAAACCCACUUCCUUACCUAUUCAACAUUUGAAUACUUCAUCUCCAAAAUCAAUUUCAUCUGCAAGAAAAGAGUCGUUAGAACGCUUCUUUUCUAGUAAAGUUAACCAUCCUACUCUGAAUGCUACAGACAAAUCACUAUCACCUAAAUCUCCUCCACCUCAUCGUAAUUCAAUGUUGAAAAAUAAUUAUGAUUUGCAGCCUUAUAUUCAUCCUACUGUUCAUGUAUUUGAAAAGUUAUUCAAUGUAGUUAAACGACGCAAUGAUACAGCGUACAUAGUUUUUUUCAACCGGGACCAUUUCCUCCUGCCUUCAAUUGAUCCCUUACCUGCAAGUAUGAAACAGAAAAUAACAUUUCUACUUCCAGCACAUCCUGUAAUCAAUGUCUCGUAAACAACACGUGCCUUGGGAAGACAGUAGGUCUCCUCAGACAGCGAAUACCUACACAUGGCUAUAUGCAAGAAUUUCGAGAGAGAAAGCAGACUCUUUUCACUCUUGGCCGUGCUACAGCCUUUAGCAGCAAACUUUUAAGGAUUCGAUCUCCAUAUCAUCUUUGUAUGGGACUUCUCAUCAUUAUGUAUCCACGACUUAACACGCAGGAACUAAACCCAGGACCUUCGCUAUCGCGUGCAAACGCUCAACUUCAAAAUCACUGUGCCUAAGUCUAUUGCAAAAAUAUUUAUUCUUUUGAUUUUUAGGAUCGUCUGUUGAUGGUAAAGAUAACAAUGAUGAUAGCUCAGAGUUCAUUCUAUCUAUGCUACAAUUAGAUUGUGAAGUAAUGAAUGCUACACUGUUACAGUCACCUGUACAUAAUUCUUAUGUAAAACACACACCUGAUAAUCAAUAGUCAAUUAUUUAUCUACUUGUUUUUAUCCAUGUAAUCUUUGUGCUUUCAUUUAUAAUAGUAAUAAUGAUAUGUACAUUUAUCCUAUUAAUUUUCACCUCCUUAACUUUCAAUAUGUUCAUUGUUCAAGAUAUCAUCUCAAUAAACAAACUAGUUUUUUUUUCUUAUCAUAAUGUCAUUUUCCUUUUGAUAAUCUAAUUCCAUGUUAUGAUGAAUGAGUCUGUGUUCAUUUCAUUAUAAUCAUUUCAACUAUUUUAUUUCAUUUGUAUUCUUAUUUAUACUCAUUGUAUACAGUUAGAAUUUUAACUUGUCAUAAUUUUCUUGCGAAUAUAUAUAUAUAUAUAUAUAUAUAUAUAUAUAUAUAUAUAUAUAUUCGUUUCUAUUCUUGUCAUGAUUACUUUUGUUUGAUAUAUUGUUAUUUAAAAAACUAAUAAUAAAUAUUUAAUUUAUUCUUCCUUUACUACUGCUG